UCUCACAAGAACCCGAACCGUUCCCUCCCUCGCGGCUCGCAGUCCCCUCUGCCCUGAAGCCCUCCGUGCCCUACCUCCUCCGGCAUCGACCGACCGGCGCCGGCGCCGGUAAGAUCUCUCUCGGGCGGUUUAUCAUCCUUCAUCGGGAGACACUAUUUUGUGUAUGAGAUAGUCCUGAAGCAGCUGACGAGCUCAGAUAGGCAAAACCUGGAACCAGAAGAAAAGAGAAAAGGAGAGCAGUGUGUCUUCUCCGAGUGGUGACACUCUCAUACUCUUAUUUGCUUCUUUAGGCUUCUACCACCAUGACCAAGUUUCGCAAGCUCGGCCGUCAUGCCGCCCAUCGGAUGUCCAUGCUUAGGACGAUGGUUUCGCAGUUAGUGAAGCACGAGCGCAUCGAAACGACAGUUGCGAAGGCUAAGGAAGUUCGGCGCCUCGCAGAUAACAUGGUUCAACUUGGGAAGGAGGGUACUCUUUCCGCUGCAAGGCAAGCUGCUGCUUUUGUUCGAGGUGAUGAUGUUAUUCAUAAACUCUUUACUGAACUUGCUUAUCGUUACAGGGACAGAUGUGGCGGAUAUACAAGAGUGCUUCGAACACGAAUACGAGUUGGGGAUGCUGCACCCAUGGCAUAUAUUGAGUUUAUUGACAGAGAAAAUGAGCUAAGGCAAUCAAAACCAGCUACUCCCCAAAUCCCUCAGAGGCCUGCAAUGGAUCCCUGGACAAGAGCCCGUGCCUGCCAGCAGUGGGCAGCACCUACAGAGGAAAAGUCUGGUUCGUCAGAUUGAAAAGCCGACUCUUUUUCGUGCAACCUCCAGACUUUCUUGUGCGAAGCCUACUUCAUUUUUCGUGUGUCGAGCCUGCAUUUCUUGCACUGCAGUUCUAAUCUGCAAUAAUGCUUGUGCCAGCCCAUUGCAGCAUGCUGCCAACUAUUUCUAUUUUGCAGGCCAAUUUUCUGUUUUCUGUAUCUUCAGCAACUCAAUUCUGUUGCCCCUGUUCUAGUUUCGUUUAAUGCCUGUGUAAUCCCCAAUAGACUGCCAAUAAUACAUGUUAUAAGACUUUGUGCCUUUUAUGAGUUCUAAAUUCUUCUAAAGUAUCAAUUUUUUGGGUA